UGGCUGCGGGCAGCUCGUUUGCAUUGACGUCAGUAGAGGCUGUAGGUCAAUCCUUGCGGGUGCUUUUAUUGGAUGUGCCGCUGUCAAGCAGCGCUGAAGAACCGGAGGAGCAGGCGCCAGAAAAGGCAGAGAAGAGACAAACAUCCGAAAAUCUGCAUUAUGUAGCCGGGCUCUGCCUCGCUACACCUCCGCCCUCGUCAGCCUCAAACCACCCGGCCGUCCGCGACUCCGGAGCCGAAACUUGCGGACACGGAGCGGUCUGGUUUUCCCCCUUUUUCUGUCUUGUAGAUUUUCCUCUCGCUCUCCAGAGGUGGCACCUCCACACACCGCAGCCGCUGCAUCCUUCAUGCUUUUUAUUUUCCCAGCAGAAAUGAGAGAGAACCGUGGAGCCUGGUGACGCACCCCGGGGUCUGGAGCUCUUAUAUCAGGCGGAUCAUCCUCCACCGGGCAGCGGAUGCCUGAAUGGAGCCUGCAGGAUUUCUCCACCACCACCACCGCCGCUGCUGCUUUACACCGGUGAAUGUGGCCUGAUCCCCGGGCAGCACCGUCGGACUACACACGGCAGUAUGUUCCACAGAGGAAUAAUCCCACUGUGUCUCUGCGGUGCCAAUAUUUCCCCCUGUUGAUGAUGAACCUGGAGCUGAAGUGUCGUGAGAGCCGGUCUGUGGCCCGCGUCUGCAGCUGAAGUGGACAAACAGAUUGUCAGGAAAAGAAGAAGAAAGAAAAGAUUGAUAGAGAAAGAGAGAGAAAGAAAGAAGCAUCAUAUUUGAUGGCUCCAGGGUGGUGGGGGAGGACGACUACACAUGAAGCCUUCAUGGACACAAAAAAUGGAUAAAACUAUUGCAUGAGGCUGGAGCAGGAGGGGGGUGGAUUGCAUGGUGUGUGUGAGUGAGUGUGUGUGUGUGCAUGUGUGUAUAUGUGUGCAUGUGUGUGCAUGUGUGUGCUUUAAGGCCUGUACUUGAUAAGUUGAGGAGAAAAUGGUGAUGUGGUACGAAGAAGGCCGGAGUGAGGGAUGAAGUCGUCCAUGGGGGAUCUGAGCUGAAGAAUAACUGGAUCCAAGUUUCCCAGGAUAAGACGAGCCACCGUGAUUAGAGACCCUCCAAUUAACUUCAUGUGAAGAAGAAAAAAAAAAAACAACAAGAGGGAGGAAAUCAGCUUCCUGGUGUUGGGGGGUGGGUGGGGGAUAGAUAGAUAUAUUAUUCAUGCCUUGUGUUGGAGCGUUUGGAGAACCGGCUUUGCUGUGGCCUAGAUGACACAUAUUUAUACAUGUAUAUACGAAACGAAAUGAACCCUUAGGAGGAAGAGUGGACCCUAACUACACAGGAAAGUGGUGGGGGAGAGGCCAACGACACUCUGCUAGCCUCAAAGUAAAGCACUUGCAAAGCAGAAAAAGAAAAAGAAAAAACAAAAAAAAAGGCUGAAGUGGGUUGAAGCAUGGGCUGUGCUUCAAGUAUUCAUAUCUCUGAUAGGGUGGUCUACCACAGUGGAAAAGAGUCCGAGGAUUCCCACUCACCCCAGCAGACUAAUACCACUCAGCAUCAAGGAAAUCCUGCCUCGGGACUACCCCUGAAACCCCCGAGCUGCAAGACCACAUUAACAGAGGUGCAAUUUGGACCAAUGAAGUUAUUUAAAGACCCACUUCAGGUACUUUUAGUUUUUGCCAAAGAGGACAGUCAGAGUAAUGGCUUCUGCUGGGCAUGUGAGAAGGCGAACUUCAGGUGCAGCAUGGCGCGAACACCCGAGUCGGCUCUUGAAUGCUUCUUGGAGAAGCAUCACGACCUUGUCAUCAUUGACCACAGACAUUCCAGACACUUUGACGCUGAAGCACUAUGCCGGUCAAUUAGAGCGGUCAACUCUUCAGAAAACACUGUGAUAGUCGCCGUUGUGAAAAGGCCAGACAGAGAAGAAGCCUCUGUGAUGCCCCUGAUCAAUGCUGGCUUUAAUAGGAGAUAUGUGGAGAAUGCCAAUGUGAUGGCCUGCUACAACGAGCUGCUACAGCUGGAGCACGGAGAGGUGCGGGCGCAGUUCAAACUGAGGGCUGGAAAUUCUAUUUUCACAGCUCUAGAACAAAGCCAGGAGGCCAUAGAGAUCACUUCUGAAGAUCAAGUAAUUCAAUACGUGAACCCUGCCUACGAGUCCAUAAUGGGCUACCAACAAGGCGAGCUAAUAGGGAAGGAAAUUAUAGAAGUGCCUAAAAGUGAGAAGAAUAAGCCUGAUCUCCUUGAAACAAUAAACUCCUGCAUACGGAAAGGAAAGGAGUGGCAGGGGAUUUAUUAUGCCAAAAAGAAGAAUGGAGACAGCAUUCAACAAAAUGUGAAGAUCACACCUGUAAUUGGACAGGGAGGAAAAAUCAGACACUAUGUGUCUUUCAACAGGCCUUUACAUGAUAAUAAUAAGAGUGAAAAAACCAGUGAACGUGUGCAGGCAGAGUCUCAGACAGACAUUCAAUCCAGUAAGCACAAAGACAGGAGGAAAGGCUCUCUGGACGUAAGAUCCACAACGUCUCGGGGGAGCGAUGGGAGCUCACAGCGAAGGCACUCCUCAAUGGCCCGCAUUCACUCCAUGACUAUAGAAGCUCCCAUCACCAAGGUAAUCAACAUCAUCAAUGCAGCGCAGGAAAGCAGCCCCAUGCCCGUAGCAGAAGCCUUGGAUCGAGUACUGGAGAUCCUGAGGACCACUGAGCUCUACUCCCCACAGUUGGGCACCAAGGAUGAAGACCCUCAUACGAAUGACCUCGUGGGCGGGCUGAUGACGGAUGGUUUACGCAGAUUGUCAGGAAACGAAUACAUACUUUCCACAAAACAGCCCCACCACAUCCCCAGUCAGCUGACAACUCCUCUGUCGAUAAAUGACAUACCCCCUCGUAUCGCCCAAACCAUGGAGAUUGAGGACUCUUGGGACUUUGACGUCUUCAACUUGGAGGCUGCAACCAUGAAACGGCCUUUGACCUACUUGGGCCUGAAGAUCUUCUCCCGCUUUGGGGUCUGUGAAUUCCUAAACUGCCCUGAGGCAACUCUGCGCUCCUGGCUACAAUUGAUUGAAGCUAACUACCACUCCAGUAACUCCUACCACAACUCCAGUCAUGCAGCUGAUGUCCUGCACGCAACAGCCUAUUUUCUCUGCAAGGAGAGGGUCAAGCAAAGUUUGGAUCCCAUUGAUGAGGUGGCUGCCCUGAUUGCUGCUACCGUGCACGAUGUGGACCACCCGGGCCGCACCAACAGCUUCCUGUGCAACGCGGGGAGCGAGCUGGCCAUUCUCUACAACGACACAGCCGUGUUAGAGAGCCACCAUGCAGCUCUGGCCUUCCAGAUCACCACGAGAGACGAUAAGUGCAACAUCUUCAAGAACAUCGAAAGGAAUGAAUAUCGAACACUACGACAGGCCAUCAUUGAUAUGGUGCUCGCAACGGAGAUGACUAAACAUUUUGAACACGUUAACAAAUUUGUCAACAGCAUCAACAAGCCACUGGCUGCUCUGGAGGAGAACGGGGGAAACAGUGAUGAGGAAUCUGUCAAAGGCGUUCUGACGUCCCCUGAGAAUCGCAUCCUUGUCAAGCGGAUGCUGAUUAAGUGUGCAGACAUCUCCAAUCCAUGCAGGCCUCAGGAGCUGUGUAUAGAGUGGGCUGGACGCAUCUCAGAGGAAUAUUUUGCACAGACGGACGAAGAGAAGAGACAAGGUUUACCAGUGGUUAUGCCAGUGUUUGACCGAAACACCUGUAGCAUCCCGAAGUCCCAGAUUUCCUUCAUAGACUACUUCAUUACGGACAUGUUUGAUGCAUGGGACGCUUUUGCAGACCUCCCCAAUCUUAUGCAGCACUUGGACAACAACUUCAAGUACUGGAAAGGCCUGGACGAGAGAAAGCUGCACAGCCUACGACCGCCUCCAGAGUAGGCGCCGCAGUGUUUGGCCCUGGGACGCCGUGGUCCGGGGCAGCCGUCCUCUCUCCUACCGGGGCUUCUGUCCCCCUGCCAGCCCAGCCAGCCAAAAGGGCCUCCUCGCCUUCACUCUCCUGCUUCUGUAGCACGCCAAGCGUCCACAUGUCCGUCGAUGCAGAAAAUCCACAGAAGGACUACCUGACAGGCAGUUGCAGCAGUAAACGUUGCUGGCUUUACAGCCCUGUCAGAUGAGAACUGUGACAAACAGACACAAACGGCAUCCUUAUGAACUUCUUGUGCCUCUCAGGCAUUUGGAGUGUAGCUGGUCAAGAGACAUAACUGAGAGAGGGUCCUUUAAAGGCCUUCUGGCAAAGCAUCCGUCCCCCGAAUCACCAUGUGGGCUCUCCUGUUUGCCUGUGAAGUUGCUGUUAAGUAAAAACUGCUUGUUUACUGAAGAAGAAGGGAGGAGCGGAUGGAAGCGUGGUCUGGAUAUUGUGUCCAAUCCUCCUCCGACCAUAUCAUCACAUUUGAUCUCCAUCCCUGUGCUCGCAGCAAGGCAGGACUGCUCCUUCUGCCCCUGGAGGCCACACCAUGAAAGAACACUCCAAUGCUUGUUUUGGGCAAUAUUUUCACGUGUCCUUCAGAAACACAUCUAAGUUGACAUGUAGCUGUCAUCACAGACAUAUGGGGGGGGAUGCUUUCUUUCUGGGUCAGGGAGUGGAUCUUAACUUCAGCCACUGCUGAGAGACGAAAACCUCAACAUCAUAAUCAUAGGUAACUAAUUACAGAUGAUUUGGUAUGUUAAUUUUUCGUAGAUGUUCCAUAUUUUCUAU